GGUGAAGGUAUAUCCGUACCUUAUACUGUAACUAACAUCAUUACGGAGGGACAAUAUGACCAUCCGCCCGCCUCAGAACCGACCACCACCGCGACGCCAACCUCCACCUCGACGUCCACGCCCCGAAGUCGCCGAAACCGCCUCCACCACGCUCUCGAGGCCACUGCAGACAUGACCUCCAGCGAUCUGGCAGAGAUGGGGGCCUCAGCACGUCCGCCGCCCCCCACCCGGCCACCACCGCGAUUUCCGCUGCAGCGCCGGCGUCAUCGCUCGCCUGGUUCGGAUGAUCGAGGCGGCAUGUGGAACGACAACAGUACAGGGCGCCGCCGGCCGAAGCGGCGGAGACUCGACUCGGAGCCCUCUCUGCCGCCCAAGCAGCCGAUCAAGUACGGACAGCAUGGCCAAGUCGAGCCCGGUAAGCUGCAGCUGGAGAUUAUCAGUUGUGAUGGUGGUGAACAUCGAGAUCCUCGCUAUCCGCAGACGUAUCUGGGCUCUGAUAACCUGCUACGCCACGACAAGAGCGUGUAUUGCUCGGACAGACCCAGCAGUGGUAUUGUGCUGCGCCACGCCGACGACUCGCCUUUUUGCUUGGAGAAGCUCUAUGUCUGUGGCCCUGAACACGGCUUCACCGCUCCUGUUCGUGAAGGCCUCGUCUACGUGGGAAUGACCUUGGAUGACUUGAAAAAGUACAUGGACCCGCCGCCACAUGCCCGCUUGAACGGCAUACACACUCCUCCCUAUCGAAAUCGGCGAGGGACGUAUAGACGUCCUCUUUCAUCAGAACGUAUCACUUUGUCGGAUGCCCUCCGAGACCCCGAGGUGGGCGCCGCACUCGAGGAGAGGGACUCAGCAAGCUACGCAGCUCGCGCAGAUGCUGCACAUGAUCUCGCUAACGACUCGUACUAUGGCGACGAUUCUCGUCUCGAGUCAGAACCUCAUUGCGAACUGCCAUGGAUGAGGGAAGCGGAGGAUCCAUUCGACAGGCCAGAAGCUCUGCCGGUCACUUUCCUGAGCGACGAAGAACCCGGUCCGGAAGAGAGUUCCUCUCAGGAGGUGCUCGACUUCCGCCUCCAUCGCCUCCGCCACAUGCGGCGACGACUGGAAGUAGACAAUUGGGAUCGGGACCGUGCUCGGUGGGCUGGCAUACCUCGUGAAGAGCGCUCCAACGAUUCCUACAACUUGCGCCGCUUGGAUGCCAUGAUGGCACGAACGAACAUGGCAGGUUCGCCGGACGAACUGGAUGAGCGUGAUACGUCGUAUUCACAGGGACCAGAAGCUGGCUAUGGUCCUUCGUACUAUCAGCGCCGACCGGAUGACGAGUGUCCAGAUGGCACAGAGUUCUAUGACGACGGGCUCAGUGAUCCUCAUGUGACGCGGGCACGAUUUCACAUUCGGCGAGGCAGGUAUAAAGUGGCGAUCAAAUUCGACCCUCCCGUCUCUGGUCGCUUUAUCUUGCUGAAGCUCUGGGCGAACCGAGGAAAUGUGGACGUGCAGAGCGUGAUCGCCAAGGGCUAUGGCGGCGCUCGAUUUUUCCCAGCCGUCGACUUCCGGUAGCAGGACUAUCAUGAGGAACGAACGACAAGUGUGCGAAGUAGACACACGUAGCGUCGAAUGCAGUUUUUAUGCUCAGAAAUAGUAGCUGCGCAUAUGUAGCUGACAUGAGUCGAAUCAAUACCUCCAUGACUCGAGGAAA